UUAAUGAUGCCAUCCUUCUCGGGCACGAAAGAUGAUUUCGGCAAAGAAAUUAUGGAACCGUUCCCGCUCUUGUUUGAUCGCAUCAAUGAAGGGCAGCCUUUCUCUUCAAACUUCCUCAUAUCUCGCUUGCCUAUUGAGCUCGUAUGGCACGUAAUCAAACUAAUUGACAACGAAGAUCUGGGACGCCUCGCUCUAGUUAAUCGCGACUGCCGCCAGCUUGCUAGGUCCCGCCAAUUUGCCACCAUCAGGUUAGACUAUAGCGAUAAGUCCAUGGGAAUUCUUAGUGUUCUCGUCAACGAAUGCAAACAACGAUCCGAAUACCACGGAAAAACCAGGGAACCAUCGAUAGGGGCCUGUAUCCGGAAGAUAAUCGUCGCAGCAGACCCCAGAUGGAUCACCAGUCGUCAUGAAAUCGAACUUUCCGACGAAUUUUAUGCACUAGAAAGUGACAUACGGAACAAACGUAUGGAUCAGGCGUGCGAGGCGUUCUUUGGGGAUUACAUAACUAAUAUCAGUUUGGUCCUUUCAAAUACCAUAACCUUGCCUCAUUUGGAGAGAUUGGUUUGGGCGGAUAGGGCACCCCUUGAUCGCGCCCUUUUGAAGGCUAUCGUCUCAUCAAACCUUCGGCAUCUGGUCCUGGAUCGCGUAUCGAUCGGUGAAGAGAUUCUUUCUGAUUAUCUGGCGAACAAUUGCAAGUGGCGCCUAGAAUCAUUGUACUUGGAUCUGCUGUCGGGUUACAGACAGAAUAUACCCACAACACCACUUGUUUGCAGCCUGCUCUGCCUUGCCUCACCAGCUCUAAAGACUCUUGCAUGGAUAUCAUCCGACAUAGGUCCAGGUCCUUCUGUCCAGCUGCCUGAAUCGUUCAAUGAAUAUCCGUCCUUUCGACGGUUACAGGAUCUCCAUAUUGACAGUCUAACGAAAUACGAUCCGGCCUGGCUUAAUGUCCUGGUUCAGCCAGGUGCGUCUAGCCCAAUAUGUUCUUUGGCAAUCGAUAUUUCCAAGAACGAGGUAGUUGCAGACUUCUUCCGUCAGUGCGGAUACCUGCCUAACCUACAGACUUUUGUGUGGCUUUGCUGUGGCUUUGAGAUGAGAAAUCCUUACCUAGACUUUCUCCAGGCUAAUCCACAUAUCCGGAAAUUGAGGAUUGAUGGCGCAGCGUCCAACUUCCUGGAGAAGAAAGUGUUUCCGUUGCUCCUCAGUCGAUUUGAGUGUCUCAGUUCUCUAAGUGUAAGGUGGCCCGAGGAUGAAAAUCACAUUCCACCCUCUGCGCUUAAACAGAUAUCCGGCCUCCGCACUUUAGAACAACUUUGUCUCAGCUCGGGAUGCCAGGCAGGAUGGAGACACUCGUGGCUCAUCGAUCAUUCUGCUAUACAAGACUGCGUUCAGAAACUGCCAAAGCUUCGCAAACUCGCCUUUUCUCGAGAUACAUAUACCGGACAAAAUUCCAUCGCUCAAAUUCAGGAAGACCCACAGCGUUAUUAUGUGGACAAGACACUUCGCAAACUGGACACAAUUCUCGCCCGUCCAUAUUUCCAGGAAGGCAAUAUUGAACAGAAGCUUGAUCGAGCAUGGGAGAUGCAGCAUUCUAAUGACAUGAUUCAGUUGGCCGCAAAAUACGCCACUAAACUACCAGAGCUGGAGUGGAUCUAUUUAGGACAGCGCCCGAUACGGAUUGUUCACAACUCACAUGGAACUGGAAAAUGUGUCUUGUUGUCGACGGCAAGAGAUGAUUGCUGGACAUAUCUCCGAAAAUUGUUCGGU